AUGACCGACACUGCAACAAUUACCACUUUGGGUAUCGGUAUUGCUACACUGCUUUUCUACGUGCUCCCAAUAAUCCACCGAAUUGUCUUGAGGAUUUGGGAAUUUAUCAAGCGAGGGGGAAAGAGAGACGAUCUGGAGCAGGGAGUUCCGAUUCGCAUCCCCCCGAUCGAAAGCUAUCCUAGUCCUCUUCCUCUGUUCGCGCCGCAGGCCCGAAAACGAACGCCAUACACAUUUCACGGUAAGACAUAA